CACACAUCUACACUUUAUUAAUUAUUUAUGACAGAAAGAAGAGUUGAAUUUUGUAGAGCAUUAGGUAAAUUAGCAUUCCUUAAUACUCUUAUCAUAUACAAUUAAAAAGAGUAUAUAAUAUACUUUCAACCUAUGGAAAGUAAAGGACGUUGUAAAAUAUAAGUCACUAAUGGUUUUGAUUUCUGGGUUGAAGAUUUUGAUCUAGAAAAGUUUGAAUAAAAACGUAAAAAAAGUGGAUUAGAAGGAACAUAUAAUAGUUAUUUUGAUAUGAUGCAUAGAUCAAUUAGUUAAAGAAAUUUUGAAGUUUAUGUUGAUCAAACCUAAAACUUUGUUUUAACUCUCUAUUUUUAAUUAAACAAAGGAGUAUCUCUAAAAGGAGAUUUUGAAUUAGGAAGACCUCUACAUUUUGAUGAUAUCAAAGAAUUCCACUGUGUUUAUAGAUUAUUUUUAUUUGAUAUUUUUAAAGCUAAAGAUCAAGAAAGAAUGAAAGCUGAAGUAAGUCGUAAAGGUAGAAGAAUUGAAGAAAGAGAAAACAAAAAAUCUAUCUCAUAACCAAGACAAGAAGAAGAAGAAGAAUAAGAUGAAGAUGAAAGUGCUGCUUAAAGAAGAAAAAAAGUUUAAUUAUGA